AUGGCUUCUCUAUUCGCUAUUGCUUUUGCUGUUAUUAUUAUUUACUUGCUAAAAUAUGUUGGACCGUCUCUUGCCAAGUAUGCUAGACAUGUGUGGAUGACUAGGAAUAUCCCAGGCCCUAAGGCUAAUUGGCUGUUUGGAAAUAUAUUACAGUUUCCCAAGGAAGCGAAAGGUAGGGUGGGUUAGGGUAGGGUAGGGUGAGGUAGGGUAGGGUAGGGUAGGGUAGGGUAGGGUAGGGUAGGGUAGGGUAGGGUAGGGUAGGGUAGGGUAGGUUAGGGUAGGGUAGGGUAAACCCCCAAGACCAAACUUUUAGGUAACAAAACCUAUUUUUAGACUACCGUGACUACUUCCUUGGCCUAGCAACAGCCGAAAUGGCCAAAGGCAACCAAGUUCUUCGUCUCUGGUUCCUAAACCAUGUCUUUAUCUACCCACUGGACAGUGAUGCAGUUCGUGCCAUAACGUCAAGCACUGUGGAGAUUAACAAAGGAGAAACAUACAAUUUCAUACAGAGAUGGCUAGGCAAAGGGUUGAUUACAAUUAGUAAUGAACCCAGAUGGCACAAGAACCGAAAACUUUUAACACCGGCUUUUCACUUUGGUAAACUUGAUGAAUAUAUCGAGACUAUUGAUGUUCAUUCUAAGGUAAGAAUAUUUAUCCUAGCCUAGCCUACCCUUGCUUUGCCUGUGCUUUGCCUGUGCCUUGCCUGUUCCUUGCCUGUGCCUUGCCUGUAGCUUUGCCUGUAGCUUUGGCUUGGCUUGGCUUGGGUUGCCUGUGCCUUGCCUUAACCUUGGUGUGGCUUUCUUUGGUCUUGGCGUUGCCUUGGCUUGUAUGUGCUUAGCUUGGCUUGGCCUACGUGCCCUGCUUUGUUCUACCCAGCUCUGCCUAACUCUGCCCUCUCUUGUCCUGCCCAACCCUUACCUUUGGCUUGCCUUUGCCUUGACGUUAGUUUACCCUGCCCUUUCAUUGCCUGCCAUAUCUUGUUUUAGCCUUAAAGCUUUUCUUUUACUCAAUCUUACCGUAAUUUUAACUUAUUUUAGCACUUGAUUGAAGUAAUUGACCGCAAAACUUCAGAAAACAACCAAAUCGACCUCUACCCUCUAAUCAAGUUGUGUGCUUUGGAUGUUAUAAUCGACGCGGCUAUGGGUUGUCAAAUCAAUGCCUUGGAGAACUCAGAGCAAGACUAUGUCAAAGCAGUUCAUAAGUUCAACCACCUAGCCUACAUCAAGGUCAUGAAGCCAUAUAUAGCCAUCCCACUCGUUUGGAACUACUGUGGCUACGAAGCGGAUACUCAAAAGGCCUUAAACGUGCUGAAGAAUCAAACCAAGACCGUAGUAGAAGAUCGUAUAAAGCAACGUCAAGAGUACAACGACACUAAGCCUAGGCCAGACUUCUUGGAUCUGCUACUGAAUGAGUACGAUAAAGGUGAAGUUUCGUUUACUGAGAUUUGUGAAGAGGUGGAUACCUUCAUGUUCGCUGGUCAUGACACCACUUCACAUGGUAUUGCUUGGACCUUAUGGUCAUUGGCAUGUCAUCCUGACAUUCAGGAGACCUUGUACGAAGAACUGGCUUCAAAUUUUGAUGACAAAGCUGACUUAUCAUCGAUUAAACAGAAGAAUCUAAAGUAUUUAGACGCAGUAAUCAAGGAAAGCCUUCGUAUGUUCCCUCCAGUACCAUUCGUACAAAGAGAGCUGGUCGAAGACCUACCAAUGGCUGGAUAUACAUUACCCAAGGGGGCUCAGGUUACUAUCGCGCCAUACUUUAUGCAUCACAAUCAGAAUGUCUUCCCCAAUCAUAUGGACUUUGAUCCGAACAACUUUUUGGGUAACAAAGAGCUGGAGAGCAAUGCUUAUAUACCGUUCAGUAGUGGCAUGAGAAAUUGUAUUGGUAAGUAAAAAUUCUAAGUCUAAGCCUACUAAGUUUAGGCCCAAUUCUGCUAAGCAGAAGUCAACGCAUACUUAACUUAAGCUUACUAAACCUAAGCCUACUAAGCCUAAGCUUAGCCUAUUAAGCUUAAGCCUACUAAGCCUAAGCCUACUAAGCCAAAGCCUACUAAGCCUAAGUUUACCAAGCCUAAGCCUACUAAGCCUAAGCCUACUAAGCCUAAGCCUAAACCUAAGCCUACUAAACCUAAGCCUACUAAGCCUAAGCCUACUAAGCCUAAGCUUAGCCUAUUAAGCUUAAGCCUACUAAGCCUAAGCCUAGUAAGCCAAAGCCUACUAAGCCUAAGCUUACCAAGCCUAAGCCUACUAAGCCUAAGCCUACUAAGCCUAAGACUACUAAGCUUCAGUUUACUAAGCCUACUAAUCUUAAGCUUAUCAAGCCAAAAGCCAAAGUUAACUUAACCUAAGCUUACUAAGCUUAAGCCUACUAAGCCUGACUCUACUAAGCCUAAGCCUACUAAGCCUAAGCCUACUAAGCCUAAGACUACUAGGCUUAAGCCUACUAAGCCUAAGCCUACUAAGCUUCAGUUUACUAAGCCUACUAAUCUUAAGCUUAUCAAGCCAAAAGCCAAAGUUAACUUAACCUAAGCUUACUAACACUAGGUCUACCAAGCCUAAGUCUACUAAGCCUAUGUCUACUAAGCUUAAGCCUACUAAGCCUAAGACUACUAAGCUUAAGCCUACUAAGCCUAAGCCUACUAAGCUUCAAUUUACUAAGCCUACUAAUCUUAAGCUUAUCAAGCCAAAAGCCAAAGUUAACUUAACCUAAGCUUACUAAGCUUAAGCCUACUAAGCCUGAUUCUACUAAGCUUAAGACUAAUAAGACUAAGCCUAUUAAACCUAAGCUUAAGCCUACUAAGCCUAAACCUACUAAGACUCAGUUUACUAAGCCUACUAAUCUUAAGCUUAUCAAGCCAAAAGCCAAAGUUAACUUAACCUAAGCUUACUAAGCUUAAGCCUACUAAGCCUGAUUCUACUAAGCUUAAGACUAAUAAGACUAAGCCUAUUAAACCUAAGCUUAAGCCUACUAAGACUCAGUUUACUAAGCCUACUAAUCUUAAGCUUAUCAAGCCAAAAACCUAAGCUAACUUAACCUCAGCCUAAGCCUACAAAGCUUAAGCUUACUAAGCCUAAGCUUACUAAGCUUAAGCUUAUCAAGCCAAAAGCCUAAGCUAACUUAACCUAAGCUUAUUAAGACUAGGCCUACCAAGCCUAUGUCUAUUAAGCCUAAGCCUACUUAGCCUAAACUUACUAAGCAUAUGCCUAAUUGCCAUGUGUUUACACCUGACUAAGCCAGAGCUAACAACUUCAAUUUUAAAACUGAAAAAUUGCCGUUCACAGAUUCCGUAUUUUAACCAAAAAACGAGUUUUAAAUUUUUCAGGCCAACGUCUAGCGCAAUACGAAAUGAAGAUCACAAUAGCCUACUUCGUCUUGAAUUUCAAAAUAGAAGCUGACAAAUUUAAAUUCCAUGAAAACUGGCCUUCGUUCGAGAUUAUCCUACAGCCAAGUCAAGGAGUCCCAGUUAAGAUCUACAAACGAUAA